GACUUGGUGGCGGUCUGGAGACCAAAACCCUAAUCUUAAACUAAAUCUGGAUUGAUAAAUUUCGACUCUAUCUUCGAAAUACUGUGAGAUUUUACAUGUGUUUAUGGCGUCAAUUUGGAGUCUCCAAUUUCAUUCCCUUUCCUUCCUGCUGUCAAUUUGGGGCAAUAAGCAUUGGCUUUCUUCAAAUGUCGUCCGACUUCCAACAAAAUUGCUGCUAAAUCACUCCCAACUAAAAAACAAUAGGAAGGUUCAACUCAGAGCCAUUGCCGGUUCUUCCGGCUCUGAGGUGGAACAGCCUACCCAAAAUGCGGUGGUUAAUUCAGUGGAAAGGGGUUUGGUCUUGAAUUCUGAACACCCAUUUUCAAGGUUUCAGGGGACUAUCAGCUCUUUUCCCCCUGUUGUUUUAAUGAUGAAAAAGUAUGGUGGGAGUAAUUUGGUAAUUGGGUUUUGCAUUGCAACUGCAAUACUUAUUAUUGCUGUGAGAGCUUAUGUGGUAGGGAAAUCAAGGGACAACAUUCAUGGCUCUGUGGCUGAUCUUGUAAGGCGCGGCCAUCUAAGAUCUGAUAGAAGAGGCAUAUCAAGCCCCCUUAAGUAUGAUGAUCCAUUUAAUAAUCCAUUGGUAAAAGUUGGGAAGGGAAAUUCAACUGUAGAGAUGUGUGGGAAGGUUUAUCGCCUGGCUCCAGUUACUCUUACUCGGGACCAGCAAGCUAUCCAUCAGAAAAGGAGGUCAAGAGCAUACCAGUGGAAGAGACCGACAAUUUUCCUUAAAGAAGGGGACUCAAUUCCUCCUGAUGUUGACCCUGACACAAUCAGGUGGAUUCCUGCAAAUCAUCCUUUUGCAACCACUACUAGUGAGAUUGAUGAAGACUUGGCACAAAACAAUGUGUAUCAAAAGCAUGGUGUUCCAUUCCGAAUUCAGGCUGAGCAUGAGGCUCUACAAAGGAAGCUGGAAGCACUACAGAAUGUAAGUAGUUUUUAUCUUAAUCAGAAUAGGAAAAGCAUGCGAUACACCAAUGCUAUACGGAAAAUGGCUCCUAAAGUUAUAGUGAUGAGAUUAUUGCUCUGCAAAAAGGAUUACUUUUGCAAUGAUCGGAGUAGCUCUAUUGGUAGUUUUGGAGAAGAUCCUGAGGAACUAAUGUGAAGGAAUAAGUGCCUUGUAUUACCAAGAAACUGAACUAGUUUGUUUGCUUUUUGUUUCUGUUUUUUUUUUUUUUCUCCCCAAACCGCCAAUCAUGUUUUUCCUGAAUAAUUUUUGUUUGUUUUGCUGCCACUCAGUGCAUUCCUCUUUGAAAACUUCUAUUUGUUUGUUUAUGUAGGAUGAAAAACUCAAUAAUCUAAUGAUUGAUGGUAGAAACGCUAAAGAUUUCCAGAGACCAUUCAAGCUAUAUUCCAAGUCAAAUGACCCUGUAGAGGAGAGCCCAAAUAAUAGUAAGGUUGUUUACUCCAAGCCUCCCAGACCAAAGCUUGACCCAAAUUCAUCUCAAGGCAAUUUAUCUUCUGAGGAAAUGCAGAAACCUUGAAAGAUACGUAUGGCUGAUGCCUCUGAACGCCUGCCAGAGGCAUCAUCUUCAAUUUAUCAGAUACUAUAUUUAUGUAGUGAAUUCUGUAGUAUUUUUGUUGUUUUGAACUGUGAAGUUAUUUUCAAAUCAAUUUUCUUAGGUCCCAAUCUUGAAUGUCAUUUGUAAAGAGAGGAAAUUUUGUAAAUAGAGUUGCAAUGUUUUAUGUGGAUCCAUAGUUGCCGUUCCUAAUGUUUUUGCCUU